UACUUUAAAAAGUGACGUCGAGUCAUCGUCAUUUUCUUCUGCCGAUGACGGCAGAAGAAAAUGACGAUAACUCGAUAAUCCACCUCCCGAUUUUAACAAAACUUAUUUUACUUUGUUUCUAUUCUAGUUUGGGGUAUAGAAUUUUUAAAAAUGUAAUGGUAUUUUAAGAGGUUUUCUCUAUAUUUAAUUACAACUAAACAAACUCAGACUUCUAAUACAUCGAAUUAAUUAUUUUAAUUAAUGUUUAAUUGAAAACUUAGACUUUUAGUAGUAUACAGAUUGUACUACGUUCUGAGUGUUUUAGUAUGGUAAUUAUUUGUAAUACAAUCCAUAACAGCAAUACAACAAUAAUACUGAGAUUCUACGAAAUACGUAAAUUUGCCCCAAAAAUUGCUGAUUUUCAAACACCAUCUGGUGGAAUUUCUGAACUAUAUCGUCGGCCAUUUUGUGUCGGUCAUAUUGGAUUACCGUAAUGUUUUCUGCUAAUGUUAUAGAGUCAUGUCAAGAAGUUCCAUCUACGCCUUUUUUCAUUAAAAAUAUUACUGAUCAAACUGUUCCCAAACAGAUGAAAAAGUCAAGUAUGCCAUUAAUUUUCUUAAAUUCUGAUCAAAUGGUUCCUUCUAGUCCAUUUGACAGACCUGUAAAGAAUUUUAAAGACAGAAUGGUUUCAUCUAUAACACAUGUUUAUACAGCAAAUAAGGAAUCACCAUUACAUUCUGCAAAAAAGAAUUACAGUUCAAGUUUAAACAAAGAAAUGCACAAAUUAAAUUCAACUAAUAUGGCUUCAAAAAUAAAUAACAUAAAUACUAAACUGUUUGGUGAAAGUUCAUGUACAGAAGACAAGUAUUUUCACGACCAAAGAUUUGUUAAGAACAAAAAUCCCUCUUCGAAUUUAGACCGGUGGAUCAUCCUUCAAACUCAUAAUCAGUCAAGAUCCAUUAUUCAACAAGAGAGAGUACUGAAAAUGGUCUCAGGCAAUAAGGUUAUUCAUACUAGAGCCUUUGUGCAACAAAAGAGAUUCAUGUCUAUUUAAUAUUUAAUGUAAAAUGAAGAUUGAUAUAGAAUAAAUGAAUAUGGUUAGUAGA